AUGCAUCUUUUCCGUACUACAAAUGAACCUGAUGCUGUCGAACAAAAAGAGUUUGCUAAAUGGCUACUUAAAGUUGGAAAGGGUCGUAUUCUUACUAUUAAUGGAUUAGAUAGUGAUAUCAUCCAACUUCCUAAUGAUAUUAUUUUACCAUUACAGAAUAUUAAUGACCUUAUCUCUUUUGUUUAUCCUAACCUUUUUAACAAAGAGGCCCUAGUUCGUUUUAUAGCAGAAGCUUUCCCUUUACCUUUAUGA